AUGUCAGGCCCUACGAAAGCAUCGGAGCACCCGAUCCGCACUGCGUCGGAAGCUGAGCAAUCCAAUCACACGACUCAGCCGACGCUCUUGAAUCCAGGAAUGGCAACCAACCCCACGUCCGGACUCACCAUGCUUGCCCCGCCUAGACCUUGCAGCUCCAGAGUUUCUUCCAGCUCCUUCCAGGACACCACCGACUCAGCCGCUUCCAGCAUGACCAGCCAGAACGAUGAUCCCGCCGAGCCCAUCAAUCAGACACACGCCAAAGUGCAUGACAUGUCCUCCUUGCCGCAUGCUCGCAAUUCGGACCAGGCCUCCAACUCGCUCAGCUCACCGUGCUUCGUUCACUCCUAUCUCGAUCGUGGUGUCGCGCUUGGAGAGAGUCUCAAGAAGCAGCGUCGUCAGCUCGGCCGACAGCGGGCGCGUCGAUCCAGGAACUCUCGACAGUCGCAAAGCGAUGUUGCCUCUGCCGAUGAUGAUGCUUCUCCUCGGCCUCAGCGUUCGCGAUCCCAGCCUCUGCUCGAAGACAACCAAGGAGCUGCCUUCUCGGGCCCCUCUGCUUCGAGCUCAAUACCGUCCAAUGCAUCGCAGACUUCAACAGGAGAGCAAGAUCCGUCGAGCUCAGACGCGGCAUCAACAAGUGCGAGGCGGAGCACAGAGCGAGCCUCCGCUCGAGUCCGUAUCCGCACCAGCUCAGAUGACGAUGAAGAUGGCGACGACGAUGAUGAUGACAGAGACGCCGACAACACUGCCCACCAGCCGCUCUCCGAUCAGGACUCAUCCUACGGCUCCUCUUACUCCUACUCGACCGACGAGGAGGACUCGGACAAGGUGCGCUCCCUCACGCGGCAGCUCGCAGAGACGGCGGUGGGUGUGCGAGAGAUGAGCAAGCAGCUCGGUCGCGCCAGGGUCAAGUCGACCAUUCAAUCCGUCAUGAUCAUCACCAAGGCAAGAGACAAUCAUCUCAUCAAGUUGACACGCGAGCUUGCCAUCUGGCUCAUGACGACGCCUCGCAAUGGCAAGGAUACAGGUCUCAUUGUCUAUGUCGAUUCGCAGCUUCGCCAAUCCAAGCGGUUCGACGCAGAAGGCAUCCGUAAAGAAUAUCCGCACCUCUUCGACUCGAGGCCGCCCAAGCGCACGCCCAGCCUGUCCUCUUCCUUCUCCUCUUCCGCCGCAUCCGCUCCCGACAACAAUGGUGGCUUCAACCGAGGCGAGGGCGGCAACCAGUUGCGCUUCUGGAACUCCGACAUGUGCUCGCGCUCGCCCCAUCUGUUCGACUUUGUCGUCACUUUAGGUGGUGAUGGCACCGUGCUCUUCUGCUCCUGGCUCUUCCAACGCAUCGUUCCGCCAGUGAUGCCCUUCGCACUUGGCUCGCUCGGCUUCUUGACCAACUUCGAUUUCAAGGCGUAUAGGGAUGUGAUGAAGUCAGCGCUCGACGACGGCAUCCGCGUCAAUUUGCGGAUGCGAUUCACUGCGACCGUCUACCGUGCCACCUUGCCCUCUUCCAGCUCGGCGGAUCGUCAUCGCCGCCAAGCCAUUAAGUCGGGAAAGACAGGCGAGAUCAUCCUCAACUCGGUCAAAAAUUGCGGCUGGGAUGCCAUCGAAUCUCAGAACCCUGAUUCGACUCAUCGUCCGCGCUCGGAGCUGCGUCCAGACGAUGAGGUAGAGCUGCCAUCGAUGGACAAGAAGUCGACCAGGAAAUCCAAAGGCGGCAAGAAGUGCCGUGACAAAGAGAUCAUGUGCUUCAGCACACGGCCCGUUGAGACGUUCGAGGUGUUGAACGACCUUGUGGUGGAUCGAGGUCCGAGUCCGUACGUCAGCUUGCUCGAGGUGUUCGGAGACGAGCACCACAUGACAACGGCGCAAGCAGAUGGACUCUGCAUUUCCACUCCGACUGGCUCGACCGCCUAUUCGCUCUCGGCAGGCGGCAGUCUGGUGCACCCCGAGAUCCCGGCCAUCCUCAUCACGCCGAUCUGCCCCCACACGCUCUCGUUCCGACCCAUGCUCCUGCCCGACAGCAUGGAGCUGCGUAUCGCCGUGCCUUACAACUCGAGAAGCACUGCAUGGGCCAGUUUCGACGGACGCGGUCGAGUCGAGCUGAAGCAAGGCGACCAUAUCAAGGUGACGGCGAGUCGCUACCCUUUCCCUACCGUGUGCGCAGAGAACCAGUCGACUGAUUGGUUCUCAAGCAUCUCGCGCACGCUCAAGUGGAACGAGCGUCAGAGGCAAAAAUCGUUCGUGGUCGUCGAGGAAGGUGCGGAGGGUGAUUCGAGCAACGGUGGUGGAAAAGACAAGGAUGCAUCGUCCACGGCCUCGCCCAGCAAAAUGUUCGCCAAGCACAGUCGAAACGGAGACGACGAGAGCAGCAGCGAAGACGAUGACGACAGUGACGAGGAGGAUGAAGGCCGCAAAGGUCAAGGAGACGAUGAUGAGGACGGGGAGAAGUUCGACAUUGAUGACACCAGCACAACGGUCACUCGCAGCAACAGUCCCAACUCGCAUGGGGAUGGCCACGCUCACGCGCGCAGGCGAUCGGGACAGAACACGCCUCGGCAUGCCAAUGGGUUUCCACGACGCAGCAGUGGUCCCCCUUCGCUGCUGAGCUCGUCUCUGCCUCGCUUGACGUCGAUCACGAGCGCAUUUGCCCCGAAAUCGAGCGAGAGUCAGACGAAUGCGAACGCAUCGACCCCAGAUUCGUUGCUCAAUAGUCCGGAUCGGUUCGGCUUGCAAGGCCCUCCCAUGCCCCCGAGAGCCAUCAGCGAGCGCCACCUGCUGAGCGCCGAUUUUCGUCUUGACGGAGGCAAGGCCGUUCCGUCUUCUUCCAAGGACCCGAACUCGACGCCGUCCUCCGCUGCUCCGAAAUCGCCUACUGCUGUCGAGGCAGGACCAGCCUCGACGUCUCGAGGUGCUCGUACAUUCGAGAGCGGACGCAGCAGAAGCACGCAGUCCAAGCCGAUGACACCCUCUUCGGCCAUGGCUCGGGACAAGACCCCUCAGGGCGUUCGCGAGAGCUCCAGACAGGACAGUUCUGGGACUAAGUCGGAUCCCAGGUCAGAACGAUUCGAUCGAACAGGAAGCAGCACCGGCGGAACAGCAUUAGUUGUGUAUGGAGAAGACGAGAGCGAUUCCGACUCGACGACCGGAGCCGGUCACUGA